AAAAAAAAACACAAAUGGCACGCUUAGAAAUGCACAACUCCAUAAAUGGUGCUGCAAGAAUCUCUUUCUCUAACGAGUUUGUCGAAAUCAGAUCGGAGAAGAGUAAUGCUAAGAUCAACAACAUUAGCUCGAGAAGCUCUUUCUCCAUGCACUCUGCUGAUUUCGCUUUCUCAGUCACCGACUACGCCAUGAUCCCCGCCGAUGAGAUCUUCCUCAAAGGAAAGAUCUUACCUUUCCAGGAGACCAGUCACGUCCACAGAACACUUAAAGAAGAGCUUCUUGUGGAAGAAGAGGGUUCUGGUGUCGAUCGCAACAUCUUUUCCCUCAGGCCACUAUCGUUCCCUUCUUCAUCUUUUUCUACUAAGGGCACGUGGAGGGAGAUGUUGGGCCUUAAGAGGACUCAUGUUAGAUCUAAGAUCACUGAUGAAGUCAGUGAGGCAAAUGUUUAUUCAAUGAGUCAAGAUCACAAA